AUGGAGAAAGUUGUGGAAGAAGAGAAAAAAAGGGAAGAGGCUGUGGAAACAGAGGAAAAAAGCAUGGAGAAAGUUGUGGAAGAAGAGAAAAAAAGGGAAGAGGCUGUGGAAACAGAGGAAAAAAGCAUGGAGAAAGUUGUGGAAGAAGAGAAAAAAAGGGAAGAGGCUGUGGAAACAGAGGAAAAAAGCAUGGAGAAAGUUGUGGAAGAAGAGAAAAAAAGGGAAGAGGCUGUGGAAACAGAGGAAAAAAGCAUGGAGAAAGUUGUGGAAGAAGAGAAAAAAAGGGAAGAGGCUGUGGAAACAGAGGAAAAAAGCAUGGAGAAAGUUGUGGAAGAAGAGAAAAAAGAGGAAGAGGAUGUGAAAGUUGUUGAACAACAGACUGGGAAAGUUGUCGAGGAACAGGCUGGGGAAGUUGUUGAGGAAUAUAUUGAGGAAGAAAAGCAAAGGUGGAUCAUGGUCGUUUACAAGGAAGUACCGAGUCCUUGGAUCAUGCAUAGGUGCAAAGAGAAAACAAUGAUGUAUGGCAAACCGAGAGGCAGGCCAAGGAAUAAUGUCGUUGUUGCUGCACAUAAGAAGAGUGGCAGACCAAAGAGGAAAUCACAGUGGGUGCAGACUCCUUUCACGGAGGGGAAUAAGCAUAAAACAAAGCCUUAG